UCAGGAAGACAAAGACAAAGGAGUCUAAACCGGAGUCUAACAAGGAGGCUAACGGGGCUAAGUACCUGUCUGCAAGUGUUUUCGACCUUUCACAUAUGUGUCUUUUUUCCAUUCCUGUUCAUGUCUCUUCUCAUAGAUACUACAAACCUCACAAUCACUCACAGCAUCACCGUAACCUGUCCUCACUUAUCUAUCCCACCCGCUCCACACACAUCCAACACCUUGUCGCAGGGGGGCUGUGGAACUGCCAGUCAGCUACCCGCAAGACUGAGUUCAUUUCCGGCUUUGCUACUGAGCAAUGCCUGGACUUCCUUGCUCUCACUGAGACUUGGAUAACACCCUCCAACACAGCCACCCCUGCAGCUCUCUCCUCCGCCCACUCCUUCUCCCACACACCCAGAUCUACUGGAAGAGGUGGUGGGACAGGUCUGCUCAUCAACCCCAACUGGACUUUCACUCUUUACCCACUGCCACACUUCUCUUCACAGUCGUUUGAAUUUCAUGCUGUAACUGUAACUCACCCAGUCAAACUAAUCAUUAUUGUCAUCUACCGUCCACCAGGCCCAUUAGGACACUUCUUGGAGGAACUAGAUGUCCUCCUCUCAAACGUCCCAGAAAAUGGCCCACCACUUGUUCUUCUUGGUGACUUCAACAUCCAGUCAGAGAAGUCAUCCGAUCUACUAUUUCUACUUUCGUCUCUUUCUCUCUCACUUGCUCCUUCUCCACCAACUCACAAAGCUGGCAACCACCUUGACCUCAUCUUCACCAGAAACUGCUCCACCUCCGACCUCACGGUAACUCCACUUCAUGUCUCUGAUCAUUUCUUCAUUUCCUACUCUCUCCCACUCUCCCAAUCUGAUGAUCUCAUCUCAUCAGAUACUGCACUUGUCCGUCGCAACAUUCGCUCUCUCUCUCCCUCCUCUCUCUCCUCAACUGUUCUAUCAGCACUUCCUUCAGCUGACUCCUUCUCCCUCAUGCAUCCCAACUCUGCCACAGACACAUUCCUCUGUACUCUGUCCUCCUCUCUUGAAUCUCUCUGUCCUCUUACUUCACGGCGGGUUCGUAAGUCCUCCCCAGCCCCGUGGUUGUCGGACUCAGUGCGUACUGAGAGAGCCACGAUACGGGCAGCAGAAAGGAAAUGGAGGAAAUCAAAACUCCCUGACAACCUGCUUUCUUAUCACUCUCUUCUCUCCACCCUCACUGCCUCUAUCUCUGCAGCCAAACAAUCUUUCUAUCAGACUAAAAUUCAAUCCUCUUUCUCUAACCCCAAAAAACUUUUCUCGAACUUCUCUAACCUCCUUGAUCCCCCCACCCCCCUCCUCCCUCCUCCCUUCAACCAAUUCACUUUAACUAUCACCCUCCACAACUCUGUGGUAACUCCGUCUCAUACCGCAAGGAACCUGGGUGUGACACUUGAUGACCAUCUCUCCCUCACUGCCAACAUUGCUGCAACAGCUCGAUCUUGCAGAUACAUGUUGUACAACAUCAGAAGGAUACGGCCUCUUCUAACCCAGAAGGCGGCACAGGUUCUGGUCCAGGCUCUUGUCAUCUCACGCUUGGAUUACUGCAACUCCCUCCUGGCUGGUCUCCCUGCGUGUGCCAUACGACCCCUGCAACUCAUCCAGAAUGCAGCAGCUCGACUGGUCUUCAACUUACCAAAAUUCUCCCACACUACACCUCUCCUCCGCUCCCUUCACUGGCUUCCUGUAGCUGCUCGCAUCCGCUUCAAGACUCUAGUGCUUGCGUUCCAUGCUACAAACGGAUCCGGUCCAGCCUACAUCCAGGACAUGAUCAAAACCUACACCCCAGCCCGCCCACUUCGCUCUGCAUCGGCAAACCGGCUCGCUGCCCCCUCACUGAGAGGAUCGCAGAGGCAUUUACAGAACUCGAGACUGUUCACUGUCCUCGCUCCCAAAUGGUGGAACAAGCUCCCCAUCGACAUCCGGACAGCGGAAAGCCUCCACAUCUUCCGCCGCCGACUAAAAACACAUUUCUUCCGACUCUACCUCGACUAAGACGAUAACGACGACGACAAAAAAAAAAAAAAAUAUAUAUAUAUAUAUAUAUAUCGCACUUAUGACUAGCACUUCAUAGUUUGAUUUACUUGAAGCUCUUACUU